UGUCUCCUGCCGGCUGCAGCCACAUCUCCGCCUCGGGACGGUGUUUCGUUGCUGAUUCCAGGAGAAUGAAGCCUUUCCAGUAAACAUUGUAGAAGGGGCUGAUGUGAGUGCGCUGCUGUCAACUGGGCAGGGCCGGGCUGGGCUGAUUAUCCCCGGAGACAGGGAGGAGACUGUGCUGGCAGGAUGACAGUCCAGCCGGGGAGCCGGGACUGAGUGCUUGCCUGGUGUUCACUCCUUCGCUGUCUGCAGACCCUGUGGAAUAUGGAGCCACCCCGUCCCCGGCUGCCCUGAAUGGGGCGAGCAACACGGUCCUGAUCCACGGCCCCGGCAGAAUCACAGAACCGCCUACAGCCUGCAGGAGAGCUCCGGUCUCAAUGGAGAGGCGGUGGCAGGGUUGAGUGGAGGCUUUGUGGAAGGGGCGUUUGAGGGUCCAAGCAGCAGCACUGACGAGCUGGCAGCAGCCCCCGUCCCCCAACAACAAGAUGGCUUCAAAUUUCAAUGACAUUGUGAAACAGGGAUACGUGAGGAUGAGGAGCCGGAAACUAGGGAUCUACCGACGGUGUUGGCUCAUCUUCAAAACAUCGUCCAGCAAAGGACCCCGAAGGUUAGAGAAAUAUCCCGAUGAGAAAGCAGCCAACCUCAAAGCAAGUCCCAAGGUGACCGAGAUCAGCAAUGUUAAAAACGUUACCCGCUUACCGAAGGACACUAAACGCCAGGCUGUAGCCCUCAUAUUCAGCGAUGACACGUCCCGCACCUUUACCUGUGACUCAGAGCUGGAAGCUGAGGAAUGGUACAAAAUUCUCUCCAUCGAAUGUCUCGGGGCAAGACUCAACGAUAUCACCCUGGGCGAGCCAGAUCUGCUUGCUGCUGGUGUUAUGUGUGAACAAAACGAGCGUUUCAAUGUUUACCUCAUCCCCUCCCCAAACCUGGAUGUCUAUGGAGAGUGUAUGAUGCAGAUCACGCAUGAGAACAUCUACCUCUGGGAUAUUCACAACACCCGCAACAAACUGCUCAGCUGGCCCCUGUGCUCACUGCGUAGAUACGGCCGUGACAACACACGCUUCACCUUUGAAGCUGGACGCUUAUGUGACACUGGGGAAGGACUGUUCACAUUCCAGACGAGGCAGGGGGAAGAGAUUUAUCAACGGGUUCACACAGCCACUCUGUGUAUCGCAGAGCAACAUAAAUACAAGGUCCUGGACAUGGAGAAGAAUAUGACAAUAUUAAACAAGAGUGCAGAAGUGGAGCACUUCCCAUCUCCAGCGAGUGCUGUGCUCCCCCGCAGUGCCUUCUGGCACCACAUCACAAGCUCACAGCACACCAGGGAAAUGGUCCGCAGUAAUCCAGAGUUAUACUGCACAGGCCAGGCAGCAGGUGACAUGGACUCCUUCCCUGGACAAGCAAGUCCUUUAAGCAGCGAGUGCACACUCUCGCCACAAUUCCCCACUCAGUGAGUGAUCUGGACAGAGCUUGUCUCAAUCUGCAGAGAGGGCUGAGCCACACCUUUCAAUAAGGACCAACAGGAAAUUGGGACAAAGCACCCCCCGCAACCCCCCUCCCCCCACCCUGAUCCCUCAUCUUACCCACUGUGUACAAAUGUGGAACAAGAUAAAGAAACACUGCACUUGACAGGAUUGGGAGAGGAAGGCACUGGCAGAAGUCUUGGAGGUGUUUUUUUUUGGCACCUCUGACAACAUUGAAGAUAUCUGGAGUAAAGGCCGAAGCACAAGACCAUUCAGACAUAGCACAAGGAGCAGACCUGAGAGGGAAGGCCAGUAUGCACAGUCACUCAAUGACCUAACUCAGGACAGAGCUGGUUUUGUCUUCAGUAGCAUCACUGGCAAAAACUCUUAUUGUGAAUACAAUCCUGGUGCCUGUUCAGGGACUGGCCUGACACGAGAGACCCUCUGAUCCAAAAUUUGAGAAUAUGCUGUCCUUCCAAAUGCUGGAAUCCAAUCAGUCACUUUAUAAUAGGUACUCCGUUCAUUUGUAGAAGGGCUUUCCGAGUUUUUUUUGGACCUCAAGGUUCAACUUUGAUGCAGUCCAAAACGAGACAAAUGCUGCUGACCUUUUCCUCCUCAGUCUCCGAUCUCUCAGCAUCUGACAUGUUGCUCUACAUGUGUUUGCAAUGAAUUUCUGUAAGUGUUUGACAGUUGUUUCCACUGGACCAGCCUGAAGUCAGCAGGGUGCAGAGUCCCUAGACUCUCACUGCAGGAUCUAAGCCCCAGCCCCUGUACCACAGGCUGACUGGCCAUCUCCAAUUGAUAUCAUUCCAUCUAGUAACUGUCACUCCAAACUCUCCCACUCCUCUUACACACCAGAUUAACUUAACCACUCCAUAGUAAUGGAAAAUGCAAGUUGCCCAUUUCCUUGUUUCACACUCUGUUCAUGUCAUUAAACAUUAAUGUUUGAAGAAGACAUUGCAAACCUAGGGAGUACUCUCCUCCCUUCUGUACACUGCAGUGCUAAGGUUCAACCUCGAGUGAUGGGGAGGACACAGCAACAAGUUGGUGAUGUGAUCUGGCACAGGAAGAGGCCAGCUGUUGAUUUCAAAGCCAAACCUGCAGGAGGUUCCUUGCAAGUCAGCCCUUGUGAGAGUUGCUGCCUCACUUCCCUUCCUCCCAGCCUGUGGGUCACAGCUGACCAUGGAAAAUCAUGGUGUGGAAAUUCACGAGGGCAAUGCAACCUUGACACUCAACUGAGAAGCAUUAUUUAAGGCUGGAAUGGGGAAAGUAGGCUGACACUUGGGUUAUGGCCAAUGUGAGUGGUCUGUCCUAGCCCUCAGACAGGCUUUUAGGAAUGGUGGGAGGUGCUGACUCACCAGCAACCCAACCCGCUCUCUUUUUCUCAAGCGACCCUCAGCAACAUGUCAGCAGGAGAUAAGUUUUACCCAAUCACCACCUCCAGGCCUCUUCAGGACACUCCUGGGAGCUGGGGUGGGGGGCAAACAGUCCCACUGGGCCAGUCAGCAAACGGAGAUUCAACAGCCACCUCGACGGCAGUUAAGAAUUGAUGCAAUGCUAUAACCGAGAAGGCCCUGUCACACAGGCUGAAACACAUCUGUGACAGGUCAAUUCAAAUAUCCCUCAAUGCACUGUCAAAACUCAGUGCAACCAUGCAGUGAGUUCUUCCCUGAGCCCAAAACUCUCUUGCCAGGGCAGUUCCUGUCAUAUAGAACAAGAUUAAUGCUGCAUCCUCCUGUUGCUGUGCCCACACUGCACUGACAGCAGCCUGAAAGAGAAGCAGCAACCACAGUGAACACUAACAUGGCUGAGCCCUGCACUAGUCACAUUCAUUAAAAUGUGAACGUAAUCUCUGCUCAUGAUUUGUGAAUGGUCAGUUGUUCAGGGAUGGGCUACAACACACAUUGUACCCAAAUCCCUGUGUCCCAUCUCCACCUAAUGCUGAGCUGUGUCUCUCAUUAACAGCAUGAAUUGAUCCACAUGAAACUUCUUCAUGGUCUGACAGCAUGUGACGUGA